CCCAACUACAGACGCCACGGCAGCAGCAGCGAUGGCCGCCGGACCGCCGCCGCUCGCCGGCGCCGGGGACCGGGGCUCCUCCUCCCACCCGCCUCCGCCUCCUCCGCCGAAGAUCCUGCUCGCCAAGCCUCCGCUGCCGCAUCCCUCGUCCUCCGGCGCCGACGACGACGGCGGCGGCGGAGGGGGCGCGGGCCGCUCGCGCCAGGCGACGACGCAGCCUGGCUCGCUCAGCUUCGUCUCCGACGCGUGGGAGGUCCACACCGACAAGAUCCUCCCGUAUUUGACCGAGAACAAUGAUUUCAUGGUGAUUGGAGUAAUUGGUCCAACCGGUGUGGGCAAGUCAACCAUCAUGAAUGAGCUUUAUGGAUAUGACGGAAGCUCACCUGGAAUGCUUCCUCCUUUUGCUACACAAACUGAGGAAAUCAAAGCGAUGGCUAAGCACUGUACUGCUGGCAUUGACAUCAGGAUCUCUAAUGAACGUGUUAUACUCCUUGACACUCAGCCAGUAUUCAGUCCCUCCAUACUAAUUGAUAUGAUGAAGCCUGACGGUUCAUCCGCAAUUCCUAUUCUCAGUGGUGAUCCAUUAUCAGCAGACCUAGCUCAUGAGUUAAUGGGAAUACAGCUUGGUGUUUUCCUGGCGUCUGUUUGUAAUAUUUUGUUGGUCGUAUCGGAAGGGAUUAAUGAUUUGUCCAUGUGGGACCUCAUGCUUACGGUUGAUUUACUGAAGCACAACAUACCCGAUCCAUCAUUAUUGACCUCAUCAACUACCCAAGACAAGGAAAACAAAAAUGAUAACCAAUCAGGCAUUGAAGAUUACAUAGCUGAUCUUUGUUUUGUGCAUGCUGGAUUACGGAACCAGGACUUUUCUCCUUCAAAACUCAUGUUUCUGAGGAAAGUUCUUGAGAAACACUUCAACUCGUCCUCCUUUAGCAUUGGAAGCUCCGGGGCAACACCUCAAGUUUGUGACCCUUCAGUUCCUUCAAGCAUGAAAGUUGAGGAUUUGAGGUCCAAUCAGCAGGACAUAUAUCUUCUUCCAUCAAGAACACCUGAUAACUCAAAAAAUUUUGAGUAUGGGACAUGUCCAUCCAUGCUAGGGAUGCUUCGUGAUCAGAUCCUAUCAAGGCCAUCAAGGCCAUUCUCGAAGAAUCUAACAGAGCGUGACUGGUUGAGAAGCUCAGCUAAGAUCUGGGACAUGGUGAAGAGAUCUCCCGUCAUCUCAGAAUAUUGCAAAGCACUUCAGGAUUCAGGGUUUUUCAGAAAGUAGCCAUAGUCACCCAGCUGUUUUCAUGUCCUCACACGACUAAUUAUUAGUUCAGAUGAGUUUGGUAUGUGAUCAUGUAUAUUUGGGAUUCUGU